GCAAGAUUGCUGCGGAGCUCAGCACCUUCCCAAACCUUGUCCUGAACGACCGCCAAAUCUCUCGGUCCGCUCCGCCCUUGGCACCACAGGAAAGAGAUUCAACUCCGCCAUGCUACUACCGAGUGUAUAGCGGCUGUGCACAUUCUGAAGCCCGUACCGUUGUAUAUCGAACCGGCCAUAUAUCAGACAUAGCCAGUCGAUCACAUCCGCACAUCACUCGGCAUGAACACCAUCUUCUCGCUCCGCUGCCUUCGCAGUGCCGCGCCUCAAAUUACCGCCUCUCCCGCAACAUCGCAACCCAGCACUAUCCUUCGCGCCAUCCAGCAAUCACGAUCCUUCAGCAGCACACCCGUCGCCCAAAAGAGAAAUCGUGGUGGCCCCAAGAAGGACCAGCGUAUCCAAUUGAUCCGUUACUUCCUCUCGCAUCCCACGACACCUCGCCCCCUCAGAUUUUCCCGCGACCGCUACCUCAGACACUGGACCAUCCACCGCGCAUGGCAAAUCUACAAGGCUCAAUUGCGUACACAGCAUGAGCGUGAUCUCGAACGUCAAUACCAGAGCAUGAGAGAUGCUUGCGAGGCACUGCGUCUCAUGGACUCGAGUGGCCACAUUGUCAAAGAUGGAGAGGCUGCUGCACAGGGAAAGAGUGUGGGAAGACUGUACAGAAUUGCCAUGAUGAAGAAUGAUAUAUGGGGCGGCGUGCCUAUCGAGUAUGCGCGUAUUCAGACUGAUAGCCCCAGUACCGAGGGCUGGAACCACGGCUGGACGAGGUAGAGUUUUCUAUCGUCAAGCUAGUAUCUGUGUUAUAUUGUAUCAUAUUUGGGCGUUGAUCUUGUACGAUCUGGUAUUCUGGGAGAAUUCAAAACACACCAUCUUCAUCCGU